UCAGCCUUAGUCCCUCACUUGCUCCUCUCCUGGUCCCUGAAACUCGGCUUCCAGGCGAGCCGGGGCCACCCUACGAAGGUGCCCCCUUCAUACUGGACCCCUACAGGGAGCCAUGUGUGCUCAGCGGGGGCACCGGCCCAGCUGAUGCCCCAGAGUGGCCACCCAUCUCAAGAGGGGCUCUGGGCCCCACCUUGCCCCCUCAUGGCGCAUGAGCCAGAGCCCAAGGCCAGCGAGCUGUUGGACCUCAGCUUCCUGACGGAGGAGGAGCAGGAGGCCAUCGCUGAAGUCCUGAAGCGAGAUGCCCACCUGCGCCAGCUGGAGGAGGGGCGGGUCAGGAAGCUCCGGGCCUCAUUGGCAGACCCUGGGCAGCUGAAAGUCAUGACGGGGGACUGGUUCCAGGAAGCACGCGCCCAACGGCACCACCAUGCCCACCUUGGCUCUGACCUUGUCCGAGCCUCUAUCCGCAGGAAGAAGAGCUCCAGGGAAGAGAGGAAAUCCUUACAGCAGGGAGACCAGGCUCUGGAGAGCAAUACGGAGGCUGAGGCUGCUGGACAAGAGACUGAAGAGGAGUUGGAGCCCAGGAUCCUCAUAGACAAGUCGUCCCAGGAGAGACUCAGUGAGGCUGAGGGACCUGAUCUCCCCUCACCAUAUGUCUCCCCAAAGGCUUUAGAUCAUGAGGAGGAGGAGCCCGAGGCCCCAGAAGCCCCCAGCCCAGCCCCCAGCCCAGGGGGUGCACCGGCCUACGAGGAGGAGGCGGACCCAGAGCCGGAGCCACCCUCCCGCGGCGAGGAGGAGCCGCAGCCCCGCCCAGCCCAGACUGAGGAGGUGUCCGAGAUCCUGGAGAACGGAGAGGAGGCCCCGGAGCCGGGCCCCUCACUCGACCGCAUGCUCAGCAGCAGCUCCUCUGUGUCCAGCCUCAACUCCUCCACGCUGAGCGGCAGCCUGAUGAGCCUGUCGGGGGAGGUGGAGGCGAGUGCAGUGCAGGUGAGCGGGUCUGUGCACUUCGCGCUGCGCUACGAGCCGGCCGCCGCGGAGCUGCGCGUACACGUGAUCCAGUGCCAGAACCUUGCCGCCGCGCGGCGCCGCCGCUCGGACCCCUACGUGAAAAGCUACCUCCUCCCGGACAAGCAGAGCAAGCGCAAGACGUCUGUGAAGAAACGGAAUCUGAACCCAGUCUUUAACGAGACUCUCCGGUACUCCGUCCGGCAGGCCGAGCUCCCGGGCCGCAGGCUGAACCUCUCUGUGUGGCACCGCGAAAGCCUGGGUCGCAACAUCUUUCUGGGCGAAGUUGACGUGCCCCUGCAAACGUGGGACUGGGACUCUGAGGCCAUCUGGCUCCCCCUGCAGCCCCGGGUCCUGCCCUCUCCUGACGACCUUCCCAGCCGUGGGUGGCUCUCUCUGUCCCUCAAGUACGUCCCUGCAGGCUCUGAGGGUGCAGGACUGCCCCCGAGCGGGGAGCUGCACUUCUGGGUGAAGGAAGCUCAGAACCUCGUGCCUCUUCGUUCAGGAUCCUUGGAUACUUACAUACAAUGCUCAGUGCUGCCUGACGACAGCCGGGCCAGCCGCCAACGGACAAGGGUGGUGCGAAGGAGCCUCAGCCCCGUGUUCAACCACACCAUGGUUUAUGAUGGCUUCGGGCCUGCUGACCUGCGCCAGGCCUGUGCUGAGCUCUCCCUCUGGGACCACGGGACCCUGGCCAGCCGACAGCUGGGGGGCACACGCCUCAGCCUGGGCACUGGUAGCAGCUAUGGGCUCCAGGUGCCCUGGAUGGAUUCCACACCUGAGGAGAAGCAGCUGUGGCAGACACUCCUGGAGCGACCAUGCGAGUGGGUGGAUGGCCUUCUGCCCCUCAGAACCAACCUGAUGCCCAGGACAUAGCUGCCUGGCAAGACUUACCAAACCCCUGUCUGGACCCCAUCUCAGGGCCUGCCCUU